UCAGUUUAUUCAAGUUACUGGAAGGGAAGUGUGGAAAAAGGAAAAUGAUUUCAUUCGCUGCUAUUUUAUUUGUUGCUAUUUCAAACAUUUCAUUCUUAGAUUGUGCACCAUUUGAUGGAAAAUUAUGCAUAACGAACUAUUUAAGGAAUAAAGAACUGAUCAGUGAUAAUUUUAGAGCAGCACAAGAAAUUACUAGUUCUUGUUUAAACUUUAUAAAAUCUACAGAAAUGACAACGCUCCUCGAAGUUAAAAAUAAAUUGGAUGAGAAAGAAGAAUUAAAGAACAGCUCUGAAUGUAUUGUGGAUAGACUCAAAGAAGUAAAUUUUGUUGACUAUGCUUUUAAAGCACAAAUAUUAAGUGAAGAAAAUUAUGAUGUUACUGAUGGUGAAAGAAUAGAGGAAAUGACUAACGCCAUGCAAAAGUUAAUUGAGCUAUCAGGAAAUGCAAUAAUCGACUGCUAUUUUUCAGACCAAUUUGGUGCUAUUUUUGACUCAAUAAUGACUAACGAAUCUCAAGAAGAUGAAGAAUUGAGUGAUGAAGAUGAUUAUUGUGUACGCAAGCACAUAAUUGAACAUAAACUAAUCGACACAACCAAAUACAUACUUGACGCGAACCCGAAAAACCUUGAUACAUCAUCAAUUAACUGCGAAGAUCUGUACAAUAAUUUAGUCAUUAAAAUCAAAGAUCAAAUGGUAGCUGGAAUGAAGGAGAUUGACAUUGACGAAAGUUCAUCAUCAAACAUUUCUGACAAGUGUGUACUGAACGUAGUCGAUUCUUAUGAUUAUGUCAACAAAUUAGAGUACUUUGAUUACCUUAAAGAAUUUGAAUUAAGCUCACAUGAUGUUGAACAAGAGAAAGAAAAGUUUGUACAUUUGAUGAAAGACAUGACGAAAAUGGUCAUGUACAAAUGCGUCAUCGAGUGAUUUUGGCAGGAAAAAACUAAACUGAUGAUUAUGAUGAAUAAAAAAAGCUUUAUUUAUUUUGCAACGCAAUUUUGUUGACUUGAGUAGUUAAAUUUUUUAUACGGAAUUUCAAAUGUGGUUUAAAAAAAAUACAAUAAUGGAUAGCCACUAUGGGCCAGAAAUCGAAAACUUUUCCGAAAAUUAUUUUUUUGGUCUAAAUGAUAGCUUUUUCAUUCCCAUUUAUGAAAAUACUUACAAAAGUGGCCAAUUCAGCCAAAGUUCCGAGAUAUGGCUUUUCAAAGUUUUGAUUAAGAGUAUUUUCUCGCCCCACAAAAACUGUCACUACUCUUCAUUGGAUUGAUGAAACUCUUUCAUUAUUAAGCUGGGUAGCUUUAAAUAAGAGCUUUAUUUUAAGAUAGUAAACAUUUAAGUAUGCAUCUUUUAACUUUA